ACAUUAAUUAUGAUAUACGCUCGAUGACUCAAUUUCUUUUGGGCACUCAUGUCGUAUACUUCAUCGCAUUCGUUUCGCAUUAAAAGCAUUUUUGCGGCAGCAGCACCCGAAAUUUAAUUUCUUUUUUCCCUUCUGUCAUGGUUUUCAUUACCUUUUCCUGCAACAAUUUGUGUUGCUGAUUUCCCCAUUGGAUUUUUGGUGCGGGGGCUGCGUAAUUAAUUCGGAUUCCAGCAGUGUAUGGCGGUAUGGGAAUAUGUGAGCCAUCAGCCGUCAAAUAUGUGAAUAUGGCAAUCGAUAUGACAAUUUGGUGCAUCCAUUUUCAGUAACUAAUUGGAAGGUAAAAGCUCUGGGGAAGUCGAAACAUUGUAGUGGCGUUUGUAUGGCGAAUAUAUGGCGCUUUGAUUGCUGGCAUUGAAAAAUUCCAUUUUUUAACUAGAAUUGAAAAUUUGUACCAAUUUCAGCAGCCUAACGAUAUAUUGAUGCUUGAUAUACUAAUAUUUAUUUCACUAUUUAAAUUUUAGUUGGAAUUUAUACAUCAUGGCAACGAACAUAUCUAUGAAGAUAAAAUAACUCUUUGAAAAAAACUUAACGCUAAAAGUUUACGAGACAAUUGUUGUCAGCACAAAAGAAGACAAUUAUGGGGUUCUUUUUUCUUUUAAUUUCCUCAUUAAGAGAAAAUACAGAACUCUGUCCGGCACUUAAAUCGUUUUCAUGAAAGACUGACUGACCUCUUUAUUGUUUGGUUUCUUCAUAAAUUAUGCUAAUUUUAGGGAAACUUAAAUUAAACUCAAGAAUGGAAAAAACUAUUCUCAACUUCUUACUUAAUUGAAACUCCCAGUAGAUAGAGAACACACAAAACUAAAUUUCUUUUAAGCUGACAAGGCUCGUCUUAUAUUUUUUCUUACUAUUUAAUUUGUUCCGAAUAAUCGAUUUUACCCUAAAGAGGCGUUCAAAUUGAAAGCGGUUACUAAAUGUUUACGCCUCGGCAGUAAGAGCUUAGACCUUAAACAGGCCAAAACCGCAAUGAUCUGGAGCUGAAUGUUGCCCACAAUCGCCUUGUGGCAUGCCACUGAUGCCAAUAAGUGGUGUUCCAAAAGAUUAUGCAACGGCAAACACACACUAUGCCGGGAUCAUGGGCGAUAUUAUCCGACAUGUCCCUCACAUGCCACGUCCAGGAUAAGAAUGCAACAGGACUUUAAAGAUAUGAUUGUAAACAAACAUAACGAUUAUAGAAAUAAGUUUGCCGGGGGACUGGCAAAUAAUACGAAAGCAGCCAGAAUGCCGUUUAUCAAAUGGGAUGAUGAACUUGCCGCAAUUGCCGAUAGUUUGGUGCGACGCUGUCAGCCCUCAAGGGACAAAUGUGCAGUUUCCGAAAAGUAUUAUCAUUCUGCGGAAGUCAGUUUUGCGCUAGAAAAGUAUUAUUGUAUGACUACGAAGAAAGCAGCUCUUAAGAAACAACUGAAUACAUGGUUCGAUCCAUUAAAUCACCUGGAUAAGGCACCUAAUCUUUAUUUUACAACAAACGCUAAAAAUUUAGGCCAUUCAAUUUACUACUAUCAGGUAUUGAGAGAUCGAGCUAAUCGCGUGGGCUGCGCCCUGGUGGAAUAUAUUCGACCAGCUCUUGUCCAUCAACUGCUCAAGUGCGUCUACAACUGCGGAGUGACUCCUUGCUAUGAGGAGCUCAAUCCUGUUUACGAGCACACAAAUAAUAAGGCAGGCGAGGCCUGUGAGACCGGUACACACGAUGUUUACACAAAUCUCUGCUCCGCACGGGAGCCUAUGAAGCUGUGCGGGGACUCCUCCGAACUGCCAAGCACAAAUCCAACCAUUCCACCCUACGGAAAUGAUUUCUUGGAUUGGACGUUGCCUCCGAUUCCUGCUAAUCCACCAAUUCCACCAGGUGACGAUAAAUAGAUGAGAAAUGAAAGAUGAAAAAAAUACCUUUGAAUGUAAUACAUCAAACAAAUUUUCCAUAUUAGGUUCGAAAUAAAACGAAAA